CCCUGCACAAGCGUGCCAACCGCGUACAGAUCUCGAAUUGGUUAUUUGAAUGGCUUCUUUGACCAUGAAUCCAGACGCGCUCAACGGCCGUCUUCUCUUCGCAAUCCCCAAGAAGGGCCGUCUUCACGAAAAAUGUCUCGAGCUCCUGUCCGGAGCCGACAUACAAUUCCGGAGACACAAUAGACUAGAUGUCGCCCUGGUUUUGAACCACCCCAUCGCAUUGGUCUUCCUUCCCGCAUCCGAUAUCCCAUCCUUCGUAGGCCAGGGCAACGUCGACCUCGGCAUCACAGGCCACGACGUUAUUCUCGAAGCCAAAAUGGAGCACCACGUCACCGAGGCGCUCCGCCUGGGCUUCGGCAAGUGCGCGCUGCAGGUGCAGGUCCCCGAGGCUGGCCCCAUUCAGACCGUCGAGGACCUCGCGGGCAAGCGCGUCGUGACCAGCUUCGAGGUGCUCUCCGGGAGCUAUUUCGGCGCGAUCGACGAUCGGCUGCAAAAGGCGGAUGGGGAGCGCACAAAAAUCGAGUAUGUCGGCGGGAGCGUCGAGGCGGCCUGCGCGUUGGGCCUGGCAGAUGGAAUCGUUGAUCUCGUUGAAUCGGGCGAAACGAUGCGUGCAGCCGGCCUGCACGCCAUCGCCACUGUCCUCCAAUCCGAAGCCGUCCUCAUCAAGUCCAGCGUCCCAAAACACCCCACCCUCACCCCCCUCAUCAACCUGAUCACGUCCCGCAUCGCCGGCGUCAUCGCCGCCAGCAAGUACGUCGUCUGCGAGUACAAUAUCCCCCGGUCCAAGCUUCACGACGCUGCAAUCGUCACCCCUGGUCGCCGCGCCCCGACGGUCAGCCCGCUCGAGGACACUGAUUGGGUCGCGGUCAGUGCGAUGGUGAUCAAGUCUGCGAUGGCCACGACGAUGGACAAGCUAGUCGAGAUCGGUGCGGAGGAUAUCUUAAUAUUCAACUUGGAUAACUGUAGAGUGUAAAUUCAACAUUCCCUGCGGUC